AUGUGGCACGACGGCGAGAACAGCAGCGGUGGCAGUGGCACUAGUGAAAGCGUUGCUGCUGCGUUAUCUCACUCUCUUGUGCUCACGGCACGGGACGGCAAGGAGCAGACUCGCGGGGCGCAAGGCUUCCUUGCAUCCGCCACUCUUGACGACAAGCCUCUCCCGCGCCUUACCCUUGGCAAGAGCCACGUUCUCUCCAACGGGCGGCUGGUUCUGUCGUUUGUGGGCCAGGAGAAGACCGGCCCGUUCGACGUGGACGUGUACUCCCUCCGCCUGAGAAAUCUCCUGGAGCUCGAGCUGAAGCUGCGCGCGGCGCACCCUCUGUUGCAAACACCUGAGGACGCGCAGGUGCACAUUAACCUGAUGUUUGUGGACUCGAAUCCGAGCGGCCAGGUGCACGGGGUGAUGGGGCAAACGUACCGCAGCGGCAGGGAGCGGAGGACGAUGGAGUAUUCUAGGCUUGCCGCGUUGCUGCGGCACCCUGUGUCGGUGGAUGGGGAGGAGGGUAAGGGGUUUCUGGAUGGGGAGGUGGGGGAUUAUGAGACAUCGGGAGUGACUGCGACUGACUGCAGGUUCACUGCUUUCAAUGGCGGCCAGCUGCCUCUGCUGGCCGAGGAAUGA